UAGUCAUUUUCAUUUCAGUGCACUGUUCUGAGGAUUAUAGAUGUAUUGGAAGGUAAACAAACAUCUCAAUACUGUUGAACAAAAGUUUAACCUUCCCAGGCCCUGCUCAAAACUUGCAACUUCUGUGCCUGAGUCUCCCUCCUGGUUGUAACAGCCUGGCCAGUGACGCUGUCCUGUCACACACAUACAAAGCCCAGAGAUCUGAACCACAUAUUGAACAACAAGCCCCACAGUCCCUCUCUGACGAUAGAAUGAAGAAAUCAGGAACAAUGUAGACACCCAGUGCUGGCAUGCUGGUUUUCGACUGGCUGUGAGAGUGCACAGCUGGUUCAAGAAAAAAAACAAAAAAACAAUUGAUUAAAAGAACCUUCAGUGAACUGUAAAGUUCUGAAGUUACUCUUGCCUGGGCUCUUGUUAGAGGGAGCACAGCAAACUAACUCUAUUAACCCUAUCCAUUAAAUUCAAACAUGCUGGCAGUUACCCAUCUCUGGGGGCUGCAGGCAUUCCUCUGCAUUCUUCUUUCUAUAAGCCAGAUGUCUUUAAAGGGGAAGUCUUUGGAAGCCUAGAGCCACACCCCUCACUGACACAGCCUGCACCCCUCUUUCAUAAGUCGAAGGAACAGUAAGAGAGGCCAGAAAGGGACUUUUUCAUAGAGUUCAUGCAUGCAUUCUCAGAUUCCAGCCCAGGAGAUCAUGGAUAGACCACAAGAAACUCUCCCAAACAAUGCAGCUGGAAAUUCAGAGACCCUCUGUCUGGAAAAAGGCUUGGAGCUGGAAGAAGAGGGUAUGAUGGAGAGAGGAAAGUGGGAGAACAAAAUGGAGUUCAUGUUUUCCAUGGCAGGAGAAAUCAUUGGUCUGGGGAACGUGUGGAGGUUCCCCUACCUGUGCUUCAAGAAUGGAGGAGGAGCCUUCCUCAUCCCCUACCUCAUCUUCCUUGUCUUCUGCGGGAUCCCGAUUUUCUUUCUGGAGACGUCUCUAGGACAGUACAGCAGCGAGGGGGGAGUCACUGCCUGGAGGAAGAUCUGCCCUCUCUUUGAAGGAAUUGGCUAUGCCUCACAAGUGAUUGUGACCUACCUGAAUAUCUACUACAUCGUCAUUCUGUCCUGGGCUAUUUUCUACCUCUUCAACUCCUUUAGUGCCACACUCCCCUGGUCUACCUGCGAUAACGCCUGGAAUACAAAAUCAUGCAAGGAAUUUUUAGAUUGGAAUGAUACCGACACGAAGACAGGCAUGAACUUUGAUACUGAUAUCAAUAUGAAUGCAACUUUCUGGGAUUUUGUGAAAAAGAGCCCUGAAGUUGAGUUCUGGGAGAACCGUGUUCUAGGCAAGUCCCCAGGGAUAGAGCACAUGGGCAGGCUGCGCUGGGAUCUCGCCCUCUGCCUCCUGCUGGCUUGGAUCCUGUGCUACUUCUGCAUUUGGAAAGGAGUCAAAUCCACCGGCAAGGUGGUUUACUUCACUGCCACCUUUCCCUAUGUGAUGCUCCUCAUCCUGCUGCUGCGAGGACUGACCCUGCCCGGGGCCUGGGAGGGAAUCCACUUUUAUAUCUACCCCGAUAUCAACAGACUCAGAGACCCAAUGGUGUGGCUGGAUGCUGGAACUCAAGUCUUCUUUUCCUAUGCUGUGUGCCAGGGCUGUCUGACUGCAUUAGGAAGCUACAACAAGUACAACAACAACUGUUACAAGGACUGUCUGGCUCUGUGUCUUCUCAACAGUGGAACGAGUAUUGUGGCUGGCUUUGCUGUCUUCUCCGUUGUGGGAUUCAUGGCUUACCAGCAGGGGGAGGAGAUUUCCAACAUCGCCGUGUCCGGUCCUGGACUGGCCUUCAUAGCUUAUCCUAAAGCAGUGACAAUGCUGCCCCUUUCCCAGUUAUGGGCCUGCCUCUUCUUCCUCAUGAUCAUAUUUCUUGGACUCGACAGCCAGUUUGUGUGUGUCGAGAGCCUGGCAACCGCCAUCACAGACAUGUACCCUGGCCUGUUCCGCAAGGAGAGGCGACGCGAGCUGCUCAUUCUGGGGAUAGCUGUGGUAUGCUUUCUACUGGGCUUGUUCCUGGUGACCGAGGGAGGAAUCUAUAUCCUGGAGUUGAUCGACUCCUGUGGUACAAGCGGUCUGUGCUUGCUGUUCAUUGCCUUUUUUGAAAGUAUCUGUAUUGGGUGGGUCUAUGGUGCUGACCGUUUCUAUGACAACAUUGAGGAUAUGAUUGGUUACCGGCCCGGCCCCCUGAUUAAGUACUGCUGGUUGUUCUUCACCCCUGCUAUCUGUGCUGUCACAUUCAUUCUGUACUUGUUUAGAGGGGCGUGGUUCUCAUCCUCCGAGGGGCCAGGCUGGUCCAUGGCACUGGGCUGGUUUUUCACCUUGUCCUCGGUGGUCUGCAUUCCUAUUUUUGUUGUGUAUGCCUUGGCCAGCACACAGAACCUGAGAAAGCUGAUCAUGCCUUCCAGCAGUCUUCAACAAGUGAGCCCUAAUAAAGCCAGACUGACCCUGUGCAGUACAGUGGUCUUCUAUGGGAACUCUUUGGAGCCCAGCCUAGAGGAGCGCCUGGCGACAGAGAAGGAGACUGGCUUCUAAACAAGGACCUGGUCUGCACUUCAGGGCAUUGCCCAGAGAGAUGCACCCUCACUGGUUCGACUCCCUAACUCCCCACACCUCUGUGUUCCUCAGGGUUAAAACAGAGCACUCUCAAGUUCUGAUCACACACCCACAGUGAACUGCUGCUGAACCAACAGUAAACAAGGAGUACAGAUUUACUUGACAUCGACAAGUCCUAAGCCACUUGCAAAACAGGUUAUUUUUGUGAAUCAGCAAAGUAAAUUCACAAAAUGAAAAAAGAAUAGACCAAAAAAGCAUUGUAUGGCAUUGUCAUUCAUACAGAUUUGCACACAGAUUUGCUAAUGGUUAUGCUUUGACACUUAGCAUUGCAGUGGCUGCCACCUGAAUCAGAGACAAAGUGAACAUAAAAACACAUGAAAACUGACCAGUUUUUUUUUUUUCUUUUUUUCUGUUUGAUUUAUUGGUCACAUUAUUUCGAGGGCUUAGAACCAGAGGGGCAUAAGUGACAUUUUCACAAUUUGACAGGAGAGCAAAAAUAAGAUUUUGAUUGUUUGUGUUCAAUUGCCAUUUAUCAGUACAUGCACAGUAUCAAUAUAAUUUUGAAGAAAAUUAGAGUUUAAAAUAUUUUUGAAUUUCAAACUUCAAAAAGUAAGAAUAGCACUAGAAAUUGCUUACAAGUUAGAUUUUCCAUAACACACUGAAAUGAAUACCCAUUGUACAGAAGCGUAGUUUUCUUCAUUAGUUCCAUCCCAAACAUUUUUUCUUAAAUUUAAUAACAAUUAAUAAAUAAUUAUCUUUAAAAUAAAAAUGUUCACAUAUACAGUAUUAUUUCAUCAAUUAUACUUAAAAAAUACUACUGUAAAAUAUAAUUUACAAGAUUUUCUACAAUUGACAUGGUCUGGUUCUUAUUCUGUAGUGAAUUAAUUACUUGAAUCCUCAGUUUUACUGACUAAAAUGCCCUCAAAAGUUAGAUAUUGUUUUACACAAAGCUUUAUUUGACAGCUUUUUUUCAGCCAUUUUGACUCAUCUGCUGUCACUCAGCCAUCCCACAAUGCAACACAGUGCCAGGAGGGCCUAAGUGUGCUAGUUAUGUUUACCUCGAACUUACAGUUGUGUCUUUAUUACUUUCUCACACUAUUCAAUGCAGUUUGUGAUUUCAGUUAGGUCCUUUUGGCACUAGAUAUAGCUAAUCAAGAGAUUUAAUUUGAUAUAUGCCAUUUUGACAAAAAUGUCACUUACGCCCCUCUGGUUCUGAGCCCUCAACUAUGCUAACAACUGAGUCAAAAACAAUGCUAUACUUUAUAGCUGUAUGGUACUACAGAGCUGUAUGGAGAGACUGUCCUAUAUUAUAAACAGUAGUUAGUCCUCUAGCUGUAUGGAGAGACUGUCCUAUAUUAUAAACAAUAAUUAGUCCUCUAGCUGUAUGGAGAGACUGUCCUAUAUUAUAAACAGUAGUUAGUCCUCUAGCUGUAUGGAGAGACUGUCCUAUAUUAUAAACUGUAGUUAGUCCUCUAACUGUAUGGAGAGACUGUCCUAUAUUAUAAACUGUCUUUAGUCCUCUAGCUGUAUGGAGAGACUGCCUUAUGUUAUAAACUGUAGUUAUAUGUUGAGAUUGUCAAGAGAAAUUCAGACAGACUUGACUAAACUGAAGAUGAUAGCUAUACCUGUAAUUUCUUUGAACUUCGAUUUUACGAAACAAUUACAGUUUUAGACAUUAGGGAGAGACUUUGUAUUGCAUAACUUUUAAAUUAAAUUGAUUUGAAUGACAACACAACUAUAAGGUAUAGUCCCUUUAAGAUGCAAUGUGGAUACAAGUGUUCAGGUCUGACAACAAAAACUGUCCUGUGCAUUGAAAUAAAGUUUAAAUU